AUGGCUGGUACACGAUCUUCUACCCGCACUAGCGGCAGCAAUUCGAGCCCUGCAAAGAAUGGUACCGCAGCUGGCACUAAGCGCAAGCAGGAGGUGGAACCAUCGUCUAAGCGCAACCGUAAGGCGACCAAGAAGCAGACGACUAUCGAGGAAUCGAUGGGCAAGGGGGAUGAUAGUGAGAUGAGAGAUGCUUCAGACGGGGGUUCAGACACAAAGCAGAUAGACGAGUCUGAGGAGAAGGUAGAUGAGGACCUCAUCGACUCAGAUGAUGAAAAGGCACUUACGACUGGCGAUGAUGUGAUUGCAGCCACUACUGGCAACGAGCAGAAAGAGGAUAAAACCGACGAUGCUGCCGCAAAGACAGACAAGGUUUCUCAAGAUAAACAGGACGACAAGAGUAGUGGAGACGCGAAAGAAUCUGUUGCCGAGGGCGACGGCGCUGUCGAAGAGUCUUCCCAGCGCGCAAAGCAGGUCCCAUCCAACAUUCUCGAGAAGGGUGUCAUCUACUUCUUCACUCGCAAUCGGGUCGGCAUCGAAGAAUCUGAGAGCGUCGGUGAUCUCCAGCGCACCUUCUUUGUCCUCCGCCCAAUGCCAACUGGGGCCAAGUUGGGUGACGGUACACUUGCAGACAAUAACAACAAUCGACUAUUCGCUCUCCCUAAAAAAGUCUUCCCAAAAUCACACAACGAUCGAUUCAUGGCUUUUGUUGAGAAGGCCAACACUACUAUCAAAGAGCUGAAGGAGAGCUUCUUCGGUGCAAACGAAUAUAAAACGAAGACACAAGGCAGCCGCCGUACGGAGCCCGUCGCACCGGUGGCUGAGGGUGUAUAUGCGAUAACUCGUACUGAGGACCGUACUUGCCACCUCGUCUACUCGACUACUAUUCCCUCGGAGCUUGGGGAGGUGCAGGAGGAUCUCGGAAUCAAGGAUCAGGGUAGCUUCAUCAUGAGUGUGAAGAAUCCUGAACGCAGUGGACCUGCUCAGGCUCAGCUCCCUCAAAAGCCCGACUUUCCCAAGGAAUUCAUCGAAGAGUUCCGUGGUCUAGCUUGGGUCGAAGUCAAGCCAAAGUACCUAGACUACGAAUACUGCCAGAUUCUACUUAUCGGCGAGAAGAUGGAAAAUGGUGUACAGCCUACAACCAAGGAUCAGAAACACGAAAAGGAUACGCCUCUGGAGGAGAUUGAGAAACUGGAGCACGAGGACGAGCUCCGCGUCGAACAUCUUUCCGGUGACGACUCCGUCUAUGAUGAUCUCAAAAUCAGCAAACAAGAAUACCCCCAGGUUGCGACUACCUGGUGA